UGGGGUGGGGGUGGAAGCUAUUUAAAUGUCCCCCAAAAAAGCAGAGCUCUCCAAACAGAAGCUGAGAGCAGUCCUUGAUUUUUCGUAGGCAUUACGCAACAUCCAAAGAUGGAUCAUCCAGGGAUACUCUUGAGCUUGCUGCUCUUCUCUGGUGUUCGUGGUUUCCAGUACACCGAACUGGCAAACUAUGUGGAUAGUCAUCAAGAAGAGUAUGUCGAGGCUCUACGGGAAUGGGUGGCUGUUGAAAGUGACUCCACCAACAUCCUUAAAAGACCAGAAUUACACUACAUGAUGAAAUUGACUGCAAAGAAGCUUCGAGAAAUGGGAGGAAGCGUCAACUUAAUAGACGUUGGUAAUCAAGAGCUGCCUGACGGACGGAUUGUGAUGUUGCCAAAGGUUGUGACUGCUCAGUUUGGGAAUGAUUCCGACAAGCACACCGUGUGUAUCUACGGUCAUACAGAUGUCCAACCAGCAAAGCUUGAGGAUGGCUGGGCAACUGAUCCAUUCAACUUAACUGAACUCAAUGGUAACCUUUAUGGCAGAGGGGCAUCUGACAACAAAGCUCCAGUUUUAGCUUGGAUUCAUGCUGUGGAGGCUUACCAGUCCCUUAAUAUGGAGUUACCAGUAAAUGUGAAAUUCAUUUUUGAGGGCAUGGAGGAAACGGGCUCCAAUGGUCUGGAUGCAAUGAUUCAGUCACACAGAGACACAUUUUUCUCUGAUGUGGAUUACAUUGUCAUUUCUGACUGUGGCUGGCUCAGCAGAAAACCGGCUCUAACCUACGGCACUCGAGGCAACUGCUAUUUCUUUGCUGAGGUUGAAGGCCCUAAGCAGGACUUACAUUCUGGUGUUUAUGGAGGCACUAUGAUAGAACCAAUGACUGAUCUUAUUGGGCUUCUUGAUUCUCUAAUAAGCCCAAGUGGUAAGAUCUUGAUUCCUGGAAUCACGGAAGCUGUCGCUCCCCUCUCUGAUGAAGAAUUGAAAACGUACCAAGAUAUCCAGUUCGACCUUGACAACUACAAGAGCGAGAUUGGCGUUAGUGAGCUCAUGUACAAUAACAAGGUGGACUUGUUGACUCAUAAGUGGCGCUAUCCUACUGUCUCCAUCCAUGGCAUUGAGGGAGCAUUCUCUGACCCUGGCAUUAAAACCGUCAUCCCUGCUAAGGUUACUGCUAAAUUCUCCAUUAGACAAGUUCCUAAUAUGGAACCUGAGACAGUCAAAAAACAGGUCACAGAGUACCUGCAUUCUAUGCUUGCCAAGAGGAGCAGUCCAAACAAACUAAAAGUUACAAUGGUGGUUGGAGCAAAGCCUUGGAUUGCUGAUCCUCGAGAUCUUCUCUAUGAGGCCGGGAAAGCAGCUGUCAAGAGAGUUUUUAAUACAGAUCCUGAUUUGAUCCGUGAGGGUGGUACCAUCCCUAUCGCAAAAACCUUCCAAGAUGUGACUGGAAAAAGUAUCAUCAUGUUGCCCAUCGGUGGCUUUGACGAUGGGCUGCACUCGCAGAAUGAGAAAAUAAGCAGGUACAAUUAUAUUGAAGGGACCAAGCUAUUUAUUGCAUACCUGUAUGAAGUGUCCCAGAUUAAGAAGAUCAGUGUGUAGACAUUUCUGUGGCUUCAGUUUGUCAGUAACUUGUAUUAUUAUAAGUAGAAAAAGUCUCGCUUCCACUUGGGUGGAUCACAUGAUCAAGCAUUGGACAAUAUUGUAUUUUCACCCUCUGAGCAUAAUAGUUUCUAAUUAUUACUGACUUGUAAUUAUAAUAAAACUUGCUUGUCCACUCAGUUUGACAUGCUUUGAUCAUUUCUGUAAAUCGAAGACGAUAAGAAAUGUACUACUACAGGCAAUUGAGCUCCCAAAAUAUUUUGCAUGCUGUAUUCCAAGUAAAUGAAAACAAUUGUAUGCUAUGAUCACAAGUCUGCUAUUAGUAAGCCCACAACCACAAUAGUUGAUGUCAGAAAAUGGGAUCCAAGGAUGACGUGUUUUUGCCUCUUACCUCGCUCCAACAGCCGAGGACGACAGGAUUGGUUGCCUCUGAUCCAGCAGAGUCAAAAUCACCUGCAAUGAGGGUAGUUCAAUGAAAGAGAAUUUAGUCAAUCCAUAUUUUCAUUCCCUCUUUGAACUGUCAACUUAUUGGUACUAAAUAUAAAUGAUAUUUAGGGAUGGGACAUUGCAAUUUUCGAGGAAUGUUGCAGAAGUGAUCAUUUGAAAAUGUACACACUGGUAGUUUACACAAUAUGUUUCGUAAUUACUGUAAGAACUCAUUAACAUGAUGAAUGUGUUCUCAUAUUUAAAUAUCAAGGUAAUUUGAGCAAAUGUGUUUUUUCAGAUGUGUGUUUCAAACUGAUUGUAUUAAUCAGUGUCGAAGAAGGUUUGAUGAACAUCCUGACAUCAUCAUGUAGAUAAAGAAAUGAAGGCAUCUUGGCAUAAAGAAGUAGGGAUUCUUUGUUACUAGAUCCGAGAAAAGAAUAUAUUUAAUGGGUUAAAAGAACAGAAAUUGUGAUGCUUUGUGAAUGAACAUUCCACCUCUUGUCAACUGGAAUGACAUGAACAUUAGGAUACCAGUGUGCUUUAAAACUUCAUAUAUCUUGAAGUAGUUUUUCUCUUUGAAUAGUCCAUUCUAA